AUGGGCAAAGUUUGGCGAAGCGCUUGGUGGUGUUGUGUGCUGUGGACAUGCCUAUCCGGUGUCGGAAUGCUCCGCGGAGAAACGAUUCAUUUUACCAACUCGCCAAAGUUGAUCAUGGCCUCGAAGAACUACACCACGUACGAGCUUGAAGUGCCCGGUUCGAAACCGAUCACGAUCAUCGAAGCAACCGAACCGUUGGCAGGGAGCAAUCAGAGAUUAGACACGUUUCCGUCCGAUCCACAGUUACUGCGCGUUGGGCCGGCAUCGACGACAAGCUUCCGGACGAGCACGGGAAUUAGUGUUGCCCGACCGCACGGAGAAGUGGACGACCAACCUCCGGUGGGAGGGGGAGCAAACAGCAGCAGCCGGAAAACGCUCUACUCGCCGGAGCUGUUGAACAAGUUCCUCAAGGAGUACUCCGAGAAGCUGCGCAAUGCGGAUUCACUCACGAGGAAGCGCCUCAACGAGAUCACGAUGACCAACAACGUUAACCAGCAGCAGCUGGAGAAGGACAAAGUGGAUGAACCGAACCAUGAGUACCAGUAUCGAAGUAAGGUGCAAGAUCAGCAGCAACGUCCUCAGAAUGAAAGCUCCGUCGAAGGUUCCCCGGAGGAUGAAGCGAAGCUGGAAGAUGAGUUUGUGUUUGAUGAUACACACGAGCGACAUGUGAUGAUGAGCUCCGGGAGUAGUAAUAAGCGUUGGUAUCAGGAACCACCCGGAGGCGCCUAUCCCCCACAGCACGGUGGAGGUCAAAAAAACCAUCCUUGGAAUGUGAAGGACGGCUGGGUGACGUUGGAAGCGGUUCCGUGGUCGGAGAGCAAGGUUUCCAAAUGGCACGCGGCCUCAGUGUCGGAGGUGAAUAAACAUCAUGGAUCGAGCAAGGGUCAGUAUCCUCCAAACCAGAGCUUGGGGAACUACUGGAGCGAUGAGAGCGUCGAAGAGGCGUCAAAGUAUAAACCAGCCGUGCCGUCACCGAGUUCUAUCGGGUCCUCGAGUUACUACCAGUCUGUGGAUGGUCCAGGAGCUGAUGAGUAUGUUUCGCCAUAUGGUGGAAAAAGGCAGCCAACGAACCGAUUGCCUACACCCGAAUCCUUAUAUAACCGCCGACGGCCAGCUCACAAUGAACGUCCAGACGAUGAUCGUGGAAGUCGUCCCUCGUCUCAUCAAUCGCAGGACGGUUGGUUCGAGCAUCAACUCCAGUCAAGUCCGUACGACACGAUGAAGGCAUACCACGACCAGAGCUCGUCGGUGGGAUCCCCAAACCGAGACAUCAUCACCGACGGUCGUCCCGCCAACUUCCCGAAGUACGCCCAGGAUCACCCAGCGCACCCGGGAUACGGUGGGGUAACCAGUUCUCCCCCGCAGAACCUUCGCGGACGACCCGUUUCCUAUCCGGACAAUGGAAACGGCGAGUGGGUACUCAUCUCCACCACCAAGGGCUAUCAGUAUCCGAAGCGACGCCAUGGACAGCGAGCGAUCACCUUCACCCCGGCCACCUCCACCAGUCACCAGACGGUGAAGUUGACGGUAUUGCCGAUGAAAAAUGCCGUCGACAUGACCACCUCCCACAACGGGCUUAUCGAGGUGUCCUCCUCCACGCAGACGGUGGAGGAUGCCGUCAAGCAGCAAAAGAACAAGAACAAAAACAAACGACAACAACCGACGCCAACGCCGGUCAUCCCAAAGAGGAAGAAACAUGCAUCAGCAGUAGGUCAAGCCGUGGCAGCAAACACCUACUCUGUGAUGCGUCGAGAUGCAGCGCAGGAUAGCUCAGCCGUGCUGGCUGCAGUGAGCGCAGGUAUGGUACCGGCCACGAUGGCCAUAUUGGCACCGAUGGUUCUCGGGAGGAAGAAAAAAUAA